AAUCGAUGAGGGUUAGGCUCUUUGUCCUCUUCGUAAGGCUGAUGAGAAGCACCAGUCCUUGGGAUGCCAUCUGCUUGAGCUUCUCUACCCGGACAGGCUCCGGCUCAUGAUAUGGAUGUGGAGCCCUGACUGGGCCCUUUAAAUGGGAAGCUGAAAAUUAGGUAGAGUUUGGGAAUCGGUGACUUGUUUUGUAACUUUCUUUUUAACCUCAUUUUCUUUCUGAUUAUUUUUAACAGAUGUUCUUCCUCUGAGAGAGAAACCAGGUUGUUAACAUUCAUUCUAGUGGACCACAUGUUGGGACACGUGCCUUUUCUUAAUUUCUUUUUUAAUACAUAGGCUGUGAAUAAGGUCUCUUCUCUAAAGAGAGAGCAUGUACAGCACAGAAGCGUUGUGAAAUUAAAAGCAAAACAGCUGAGUUUAUACACAUCAGACCAGGCUCACCACUGGAAUCAGCUUUACUCCUGCUUGAAGAACCAAGGAAGUUGUUCUACCUUUCAAAGAACUGAAGUCUGAUUUACGUCUGGAUUAUCAACCAUUGUGAAAACGUACUACCCGUUGACUCUAGAUGGGUUCAGCGUUUAUGAAGCUCUGCUGCUGUUGCUGCUACGAUAGUGGUGACGACGAUGACGAAGAUGAGGAAAAGCAACCGUUAUUACCUCAGGAUCCGUUGGAGUAUUUUAACCGUGAAGUCCAGAAGCGUCGUGAUGAGGAGACCAACCUGUGGAGUGAGCCAGGAGACCCCAGCCACUCGGAGAGAGAUGAUGACCGGGUCCUAUACGGCCUGCUGCAGGCCAGGAACAAGACCCGCAUGGGAUCCACGGGCUAUCGCAGACUAAGUAUUGGCAUCGAUGCCAUGAGAGAUACCCGCCGAGAAGUCAGAGACAAAUGGAAGACGGUCAUGGAGCACUUAGGUUUCACGGCGGAGGCCGACUCGCUGCUGACGGUGUCUGCUGGAGCCUCAUAUGACCGUAUGCGUAAUGCCCCCGCAGCACGUGCCAUGCUUAAUACGCUCCACACUGAGACUUCCCUCUUCAGCAGCAGAGAGCCACCACCAGAGAGAUAUCUACUAAUCUUGGAUCGUCUCCUGUAUCUAGAUAUAGCUGAAGAUUUUCUGGAAAAGGCCAGGAGCUUCUAUCCUCCAAAGGAUGAUUCUGACGAGGAGGAGACGGGCCUUGCCAUAAACCUGCCGCUGCUGCUGGCCAGGGUGGAGGCCAUGAACGGAAAAGCCAAUGAAGAUGAGGACGAGAGCGGAGGAGAUGAUGGAAAUUUAAGUGACAGAUCUUAAGAUCUAGUGGCUGCAAUAAUAAUAAAUCCAUGGCAGGGGGCAGUAGUCAUCAACCCUGGAGACAUGGGUGAUAGAAAUGCAUAGCUCUUAACUUAAAAUGUGUUGCUGCUUCUUGGACGCUUUAGACCGAAUAAUUUUUUUUUUCUCCCACAUCUGCACAGCUUAAGUCUUAUUCUAUUUUCACUAGCCAAAAUCUAAAAGGACUUUUUUCAAAUGUUCUGGUAAAUGUUGCAGUGGUAUUUAAUGUCUGUAUCUUUGAUUCUGUCUACCACAGUGUUUUAUGAAGUUCUUAGCCUGUUGAUUGUUCAGCUGUAGUGAACCUUCAGGGUAGCAAUGUUCCUUUGAGCAGAUCCUCUUCAUGUUUUGUCCUAUGAUUAUCAACACGCCUUCCAUCACAUGAUGGGUAAGAAGACUGAAAAAAAUAGCCCAGAGAUCAGAUUUUUCUUACAGUUUCACAAUAACGUGUAUAUUGAUACUUUUAGCUCGUAGUCUACAUUUAGUUUUAAACAUUUGGGAAAAUAGCAGAUGGAAAUACAGUACAGUAUGUUGAAGCAUUUAAAUUGGUUGUGGAUGUGACUGAGGUGAAUUUUAGGUAAUGCAUGAGGGUGUUUUCUCCCCUCCAGCAAUUAAAUACCUAAAAUGGGAAAGAUUUCUAGGCUCAUAUUGACGUUUGUGUAUGUGUUCUUGUGUCCAGUUUAUGAUAAAUAAAGUUCCAGCCUAAAGCCUGUACGGUGUCACAUGGUAUGAUAACUUCUCUGGGGCUGCCUCAUGUGAAGUGAUAGAAGUUUCCAUUUACUAAAAACUUACACAAA